AUGAGCAGCGAUAGUGAGAUGGAAGUGUUCGGCACAGCCGCCCCCUUUCUCCGGAAGUCGGAGAAGGAGAGAAUCGAGGCUCAGAACCAGCCCUUUGAUGCCAAAACCUACUGCUUUGUGGUGGACUCCCAGCAAGAGUAUGCCAAAGGGAAAAUCAAGAGCUCACAAGACGGGAAGGUCACCGUGGAAACAGAAGACAACAGGACCCUGGUGGUCAAACCUGAGGACGUGUAUGCAAUGAACCCGCCCAAGUUUGACAAGAUCGAGGACAUGGCCAUGCUGACUCACCUGAACGAGCCUGCCGUGCUCUACAACCUCAAGGACCGCUACACCUCCUGGAUGAUCUACACCUACUCGGGCCUCUUCUGCGUCACCGUCAACCCCUACAAGUGGCUGCCGGUGUAUAACCCUGAGGUGGUGGCCGCCUACCGAGGCAAAAAGCGCCAGGAGGCACCACCCCACAUCUUCUCCAUCUCCGACAACGCCUAUCAGUUCAUGCUGACCGAUCGUGAAAACCAGUCCAUUCUGAUCACCGGAGAAUCCGGGGCAGGGAAGACGGUGAACACCAAGCGGGUCAUCCAGUACUUUGCAACAAUUGCAGCUACUGGGGAGCUCAGCAAGAAGAAGGACUUGAAAAUGAAGGGGACACUGGAAGAUCAGAUCAUCAGUGCCAACCCGCUGCUGGAGGCCUUUGGCAACGCCAAGACCGUGAGGAACGACAACUCCUCCCGCUUUCAACUCUACGCGCAACGGAAGCACGCCGACAACAUGGUCCUGCUUCAUGCUCACGAGCUGCUGCUUAUUACAACCAACCCUUACGACUACCCGUUCAUCAGCCAGGGAGAAAUCCUGGUGGCCAGCAUCGAUGAUGCCGAGGAGCUGUUGGCGACGGAUAGUGCCAUAGACAUACUAGGCUUCACCCCGGAAGAGAAGUCCGGGCUCUACAAGCUGACGGGAGCCGUGAUGCACUAUGGGAACAUGAAGUUCAAGCAGAAGCAGCGAGAGGAGCAGGCAGAGCCAGAUGGCACGGAAGUGGCUGACAAAACAGCCUACCUGAUGGGCCUGAACUCCUCGGACCUGCUGAAGGCUCUGUGCUUCCCCAGAGUGAAAGUUGGGAAUGAGUAUGUUACCAAAGGUCAAACUGUGGAUCAGGUUCACCAUGCAGUGAAUGCCCUUUCCAAGUCUGUUUAUGAGAAGUUGUUCUUGUGGAUGGUCACGCGCAUCAACCAGCAACUGGACACCAAGCUCCCGAGACAGCAUUUCAUUGGGGUCCUUGACAUCGCGGGGUUUGAAAUCUUUGAGUUCAACAGCCUGGAGCAGCUGUGCAUCAACUUCACCAACGAGAAGCUGCAGCAGUUCUUCAACCACCACAUGUUCGUGCUGGAGCAGGAGGAGUACAAGAAGGAGGGCAUCGAGUGGACCUUCAUCGACUUCGGGAUGGACCUGGCUGCCUGCAUCGAGCUCAUCGAGAAGCCCAUGGGCAUCUUCUCCAUCCUGGAGGAGGAGUGCAUGUUCCCCAAGGCCACAGACACCUCCUUCAAGAACAAGCUGUACGACCAGCACCUGGGCAAGUCCAGCAACUUCCAGAAGCCCAAGGUGGUGAAGGGCAGGGCUGAGGCCCACUUCUCGCUGAUCCACUACGCCGGCACAGUGGACUACAGUGUCUCGGGCUGGCUGGAGAAGAACAAGGACCCCCUGAAUGAGACCGUGGUCGGCCUGUACCAGAAGUCCUCUAACAGGCUCCUGGCGCACCUCUAUGCCACGUUUGCCACGGCCGAUGCUGACAGUGGAAAGAAGAAAGUCGCCAAGAAGAAGGGCUCUUCCUUCCAGACCGUCUCGGCCCUUUUCAGGGAAAACCUGAACAAGCUGAUGUCCAAUUUAAGAACAACCCACCCCCACUUUGUGCGUUGUAUCAUCCCCAAUGAGACCAAAACCGCAGGGGCUAUGGAACAUAGCCUUGUCCUCCAUCAGCUGCGGUGUAACGGGGUACUUGAAGGCAUCCGCAUCUGCAGGAAGGGCUUCCCAAACAGGAUUCUCUACGGGGAUUUUAAACAAAGAUACCGUGUGCUGAAUGCCAGCGCAAUCCCCGAGGGGCAGUUCAUCGACAGCAAGAAAGCAUGUGAAAAACUGUUGGCCUCUAUUGACAUUGACCACACGCAGUACAAGUUUGGACACACCAAGGUGUUCUUCAAGGCCGGCUUGCUGGGGACGCUGGAGGAGAUGCGGGACGACCGCUUGGCCAAGCUGAUCACCCGCACCCAAGCUGUGUGUAGAGGGUUUCUCAUGCGUGUGGAAUUCCAGAAGAUGGUACAGAGAAGGGAAUCCAUCUUCUGCAUCCAGUACAACGUCCGCGCCUUCAUGAACGUCAAGCACUGGCCCUGGAUGAAGCUGUUCUUCAAGAUCAAGCCCCUGUUGAAGAGCGCGGAGACCGAGAAGGAGAUGGCCAUGAUGAAGGAGGAGUUUGCCAAAACCAAAGAAGAGCUCGCCAAGUCAGAAGCUAAACGGAAGGAGCUGGAAGAAAAAUUGGUGACCCUGGUCCAAGAGAAAAAUGACCUGCAGCUACAAGUUCAAGCUGAAAGUGAAAACUUGUUGGAUGCUGAGGAGAGAUGCGACCAGCUGAUCAAAGCCAAGUUCCAGCUGGAGGCCAAGAUCAAAGAGGUGACAGAGAGGGCUGAGGACGAGGAGGAGAUCAACGCCGAGCUGACGGCCAAGAAGAGGAAGCUGGAGGAUGAAUGCUCCGAGCUCAAGAAAGACAUAGACGACCUGGAGCUGACACUGGCCAAGGUGGAGAAGGAGAAACAUGCCACGGAGAACAAGGUUAAAAACCUUACUGAGGAGCUUGCUGGGCUGGAUGAAACCAUCGCCAAAUUAACCAGGGAGAAGAAAGCCCUCCAGGAGGCCCACCAGCAGGCCCUGGACGACCUCCAAGCUGAAGAAGACAAAGUCAAUUCUCUGAGCAAAGUCAAGAGCAAACUAGAACAGCAAGUCGAUGACUUGGAAAGCUCCUUAGAACAAGAAAAGAAGCUCCGUGUGGACCUGGAACGGAACAAAAGGAAGCUCGAGGGUGACUUGAAGCUUUCCCAGGAGUGCAUCCUGGACCUGGAGAACGACAAGCAGCAGUGGGAAGAGAGAUGCAAGAAGAAGGAUUUCGAAUACAGUCAACUCCAAAGCAAAGUGGAGGAUGAGCAAACGCUGGGCCUCCAGUUCCAGAAGAAAAUCAAGGAGCUGCAGGCUCGCACCGAGGAGCUGGAAGAGGAGAUCGAAGCCGAGCGGGCCAACAGGGCCAAGGCCGAGAAGCAGCGCAGCGACUAUGCCCGCGAGCUGGAGGAGCUCAGCGAGCGGCUGGAGGAGGCAGGCGGCGUCACCUCCACCCAGAUCGAGCUGAACAAGAAGCGGGAGGCGGAGUUCCUGAAGCUACGCAGGGACCUGGAGGAGGCCACCCUGCAGCACGAGGCCACGGUGGCCACCCUGCGCAAGAAGCACGGGGACGGCGCGGCCGAGCUCGGGGAGCAGAUCGACAACCUGCAGCGGGUCAAGCAGAAGCUGGAGAAGGAGAAGAGCGAGCUGAAGAUGGAGCUGGACGACCUGGCCAGCAACGUGGAGAGCGUGGCCAAGUCUAAGGCAAACCUGGAGAAGAUAUGCCGGACACUGGAGGACCAGUUAAGUGAGUCUAGAAGCAAGAACGAGGAGAUGCAGAGAAGCCUGAGUGAGCUGACAACGCAGAAGUCUCGCCUGCAGACGGAGGCUGGUGAGCUGGGCCGUCAACUGGAGGAAAGGGAAAGCAUUGUCUCCCAGCUUUCCCGAAGCAAGCAGGCCUCUACCCAACAGACAGAAGAACUCAAGAGGCAGCUGGAGGAAGAGAGCAAGGCCAAGAACGCCCUGGCCCACGCCCUGCAGUCCUCGCGCCAUGACUGUGACCUGCUGCGGGAACAGUAUGAGGAGGAGCAGGAGUCCAAGGCCGAGCUGCAGCGGGCCCUGUCCAAGGCCAACAGUGAGGUGGCCCAGUGGAGGACCAAAUACGAGACGGACGCCAUCCAGCGCACAGAGGAGCUGGAGGAGGCCAAGAAAAAACUUGCUCAGCGCCUUCAGGAUUCUGAGGAGCAAGUGGAGGCCGUGAAUGCUAAAUGUGCUUCCUUGGAGAAGACCAAGCAGAGGCUGCAAGGAGAGGUGGAGGAUCUGAUGGUUGAUGUGGAAAGAGCCAAUUCCCUGGCCGCAGCCCUGGACAAGAAGCAGAGGAACUUUGAUAAGGUGCUGGCCGAAUGGAAGACCAAGUGUGAGGAGAGCCAAGCCGAGCUGGAAGCGUCCCUGAAGGAGUCUCGCUCCCUGAGCACGGAGCUCUUCAAGCUGAAAAACGCCUACGAGGAAGCCUUAGACCAACUGGAAACCGUGAAACGAGAAAACAAGAACUUAGAGCGUAAGCAAGCCAGGCCGCGGGCGAGCGUGCGUGCAUGUGACGUCACUGCGCAGGCCACUCUCGAGCACGAAGAGGCCAAGAUCCUGCGCAUCCAGCUCGAAUUGACCCAAGUGAAAUCGGACGUCGACAGGAAGAUGGCGGAGAAAGACGAGGAGAUGGAGCAGCUGAAGAGGAACUACCAGAGGACGGUGGAGACCAUGCAGAGCGCCCUGGACGCCGAGGUGCGGAGCAGGAACGAAGCCAUCAGGAUCAAGAAGAAGAUGGAGGGCGAUCUGAACGAAAUCGAGAUCCAGUUGAGCCACGCCAGCCGCCAGGCUGCCGAGACCCUGAAGCACGUCCGGGCCGUCCAGGGCCAGCUGAAGGAGACCCAGCUGCACCUGGACGAUGCCCUGCGGGGCCAGGAGGACCUGAAGGAGCAGUUGGCCAUCGUGGAGCGCAGAGGCAGCCUGCUGCAGGCCGAGGUGGAGGAGCUGCGGGCCUCCCUGGAGCAGACGGAGCGAGCCCGGAAGCUGGCUGAGCAGGAGCUGCUGGAUUCCAAUGAGAGGGUACAGCUGCUGCACACCCAGAACACCAGCCUCAUCCAUACCAAGAAGAAGCUGGAGACGGACCUCACGCAUCUCCAAAGUGAGGUUGAAGAUGCCAGCAGGGAGGCAAGGAACGCAGACGAGAAAGCCAAGAAGGCAGUUACGGAUGCGGCCAUCAUGGCCGAGGAGCUGAAGAAGGAGCAGGACACGAGUGCCCACCUGGAGCGGAUGAAGAAGAACCUGGAGCAGACGGUGAAGGACCUGCAGCACCGGCUGGAUGAGGCGGAGCAGCUGGCCCUCAAGGGGGGCAAGAAGCAGAUCCAGAAGCUGGAGAACCGGAUCCGUGAGUUGGAGCUGGAGCUGGAAGGGGAGCAGAAGAAGAACACGGAGUCUGUCAAAGGCCUCAGGAAGUACGAGCGCCGGGUCAAGGAGCUGACGUACCAGAGCGAAGAGGACAGGAAGAAUGUGCUGAGGCUGCAGGAUCUGGUGGACAAGCUGCAGGUGAAAGUGAAGUCCUACAAGAGGCAGGCGGAGGAGGCGGAUGAACAAGCCAACGCUCACCUCACCAAAUUCCGGAAAGCUCAGCAUGAGCUCGAGGAAGCCGAGGAGCGGGCGGACAUUGCUGAAUCCCAAGUCAAUAAGCUGCGAGCUAAGACCCGGGACUUCACCUCCAGCAGGAUGGUUGUCCACGAGAGUGAAGAGUGAGCGAGACCCUUCUGGAGCAGGCAGGAAAUAUUCACAAUGGCUGUUUCCUGGGCUCCUGACGGAAAGCCUUCAUGUCCCCGUGACUGCUC